AUCACCACUGAUGAGACUUAAGUGUGUCCACAUCAUGCUUUCAUUUGGAAACACGUGGCAUCAUGAAUACAGGAAAACUGCUUCAAGAAUAUAAACCUCUGAGAGUCUCAUAUCCUGUCACUUUGAGCUCAGACAUUCUGUCAUCUGUGGUUUUCAUUUGUAUCUGCUGGACUGAAGGUAAAACGGAAUGACCAUCACUUCAAUUCUUCCCUCUCAUGUUGCUCAUAAUUGGAGGUUCCUUUGGCCUGCGAGAGUUUACAGAAAUCCGGUACGAUGCCCAGAAGCUGAAAAGAAAGCUGCAUCCUUCACUCGAGGCCCAAGUGAAGAUCGAGAAGCAGUCAGUCAUACUAGAGGAGGAGUAUGAGAAGAUGAAGGAAUUGAAUUUGGAUGACUGGAAGAACAUCCGUGGGCCUCGUCCCUGGGAGGACUCCAGGGGCUACCAGGAGCAGCAGCGCGAAAGGCAGAAGAAAACAGGCUGAGGUCCAGGGAUGCCAGGCAGAGCAGACGGCACACGACACACACUCACACACACACACACACACACACACACACACGCACACUGCUACAGGACGGACCGGACACGAGAGUCUGUAGGCAAAGGCGCCCCUGAGACCCACUUAAAGGGAACGGACUUGAUUCGUCUUGGCUUGUGUUGGACUUUAAACUUUGGAAAUUUGCAUCAUUUGUUGUGGUCUCUUCUGGUUGUGUAACAUUCAGUGGUUAAGAUUAUGAAACAAGAACCCAAAACCUUGAAAAAAAUUCAAGGUUGGUCUGAAAUUCUAAAAGGUAAACAUCCUGUCACCUGUUGGUAGCUUUUCCAGAAGCUGGUAAUAACACUCCACCAGUAGGUGGCGCACUUCUGUCCUGCCACACCUGAGCUUCCACACAGAAAGGAAGCCAGGAAAGAAAUACAUAUCAGUGCAUGAUUUCCAUGUCCCAAUAAAUUAUGUGCUACUGA